AUGACAGGUGCAAGUAUCAACCUGGACAACGCAAAUGAUCCAUCUUUAGAAUCCAAGCCUCACGUUGAGCACGGAAGCAGUCAUAAACCUUCAAAGAAGAGGAUCGUUUUGGAUGACGAUUUCUUCUCACUCAGUCGGUCAUUCGAAAAGAAGAAAAAGAGGAAGCACACUCACAAGAACGAACACCAGCCAGUGUCCGGUGGUGUCCCCACUCCUCCCGCUACCGAUGGCGUUCCUUCAAAGGAGGCCGAGGCUAAAACGAUCAAGGUGGAGACGUCGCAGGCGGACGCUUCUCCCCUUCUUGUUCCUCGUGCACCUGCUGCUGGAUCGCACGAAAAUGUCCAGGAGGCAGAUCCCACUCAGCCUGUGGAGAUCGAGCUGGUCGACUACGCCGAGAUUCCUGCUGCGAUGCCUAUUAUUGACACGGACAGGAUACGGCGCGAGAUAGAACUCAAACUAGGCUCCGUUGAGUACCAAGAAAAGGCCGAUAUUUUGGAUGAUUCCGAAGAGGAGAAUUAUUGCCCCGAUACCAAGCCAAAGCCGACUCCCGGGCCGGCCCAUGCAUCCUCGACAACCAGCUCCUACAACUUUGACAUUCCCGAUGAGAAAAAGAGGAAAUACGUCAUCAGGGUCUCCUCGAAACUCCCCACUCCUCAAGGCUCGUCCACUCAAGUUGAUUUUGGGUGCAAGGGCAUGAAAUCUUUUGAAAAGAUUUUGCAGUCGGCGGUGGACUUUUUCAAAAAGUCUUUCCAGAGCCAGCUACCGCCAGAGUUGCUCAAUCAGUACACUUUUGAAAACACCGCUCUUGUGUGGGUAGAGGGAAGAACACUCAUACACUCGUAUUACACGCCCCGGUUCCUACGACUUCCGUUACCGGGAGGUCAGUUUAAUCCGUCGCUAGACAAAAUCGAAGACCUACCUGCCACCAUGUUGCAGGUGCUUUUGAUCCCCGCUGGUAAUCGAACCAAUUUCACCUCUGUUUACACGGAAUUCACCACCACCACUACAACGGCAGAUGGCCCCGCGGGAUCAGCUGACGCACAAGGACCAAGAAUACAGGGCGUUGCUGAUGAAAAAGAAGAAGAAGAAAACAUAAGUAGCGAGGACGAAGAGCUUGUCACGACAGCACCCGGGAUUCCCGAGCCCGAAUCCAUCGAUGAUGAAGUGUUCACCAUUGGACUCAAAGGAAAGGACAACAAACGAAUCCAGUGCAAUGUGAAACCCGACACGAAGCUCCAAAGCAUACUCUUGUUCUUUCUCAGGAGCAAGGACAUCGAUCCCAAAUCGAUAGACGUCAGCAAAGCGAGGUUAAUUUUCGAUGAUGAAGACUUAGACAUCAAUCUAUCGGUAAAAGACACCGAACUCGAAGAGGACUUUGAGAUUCAAAUCGUUCUAUAG